CCUCCUCUAAUCAAAAAUGGCUAAAAAAGACGUUGCUGGUAAGCCUAGCUCAUCCUCUGGUGGAAAGAAGGCCAAGAAGAAGUGGUCCGCUAAGAAGGUUAAGGAUAAGUCUAACAACAUUGUUAUUCUCGACAAGCCUACCUACGAUCGUUUGUUCAAGGAAGUCCCUACCUACAAGCUCAUCUCUCAAUCCGUUUUGGUUGAUCGUCUUAAGUUGAACGGUUCUUUGGCUCGUGUUGCCAUCCGUGAGCUCGAAGCCCAAGGUUUGAUCAAGGCCAUCUCUCGCCAUCACGCUCAAGUUAUCUACACCAGAGCUACUGGUGAUGAGCCCAAGAAGGCUGCUCCUGUUGUUGCUGAAGAGUAAACUCCUUCAUUUUUUUAUUCAUCAAUAAAAAAUAAAUAAUAUACAGUUUUCACUUUUUAAACAGAAA